AUGGUGGCCACCAGACGUGGAGCACGCGUAUGCUCUCCGACGAAAAAUGACAAGGAUCAAACUUCUUGUGCUACGGAGCCUACACCCUCCACCAGAAGGACCAGAGGUCGAGCCGUAAAAUCAGAGAAUCAGUCCCAGUCAGAGCCGACUAGUGACUCUCAGAAUGAGGCCAAAGAGGAGCCAGUCGCCCCUGGCUCUCCAGAGCACCUGGCGAAAAGCAAAACACUGUCCAGGCAGCGUACCAGGAACGCAAACCAGCAAGACUCCACCAACGAAGCUGAUGUUUCUGAAUCAGAGUCUUGCUGUUCCACUGUGUCGGACAGGCAGGCGGUAAAUACCGUCCAGCCGACUCCCAGGGGAAGAAGGCGAAUGGCGGUUCACGAAAAGUCCAAGUCUGGGGUAGAUGAUGAUGUGGUCUCCGAGGCCGAUUCGUGCUCCUCCUCUGUGUCCGCUAGCGUCGCUCGCAGAGCCACGAGGAGUCAGAGGAAACUUGUUCCAGCAAGUUCCGCCGCCGAGGGCAAGGAACAGUCUGAGGCAGAGUCGUGUAGUUCCGUUGUAUCUCUUUCAAAAAGUACGAACACUCCAAAAACGACGAGGGGCAGGAGAAGAACUGCCGGUCCCUCAAAAGACACAGAGCCCUCGGAGGCGGAAUCUUGUUCUUCUAACGUGUCUGGCCCUUGGGCCUCCACGGUUCGCAGGUCAACCCGAGGUCAGAGGGGUAAGCCCGUGGAGCCCAUCCCCAUUCAUUUAGAGGAGAAUACGGACACCUCCGGCUCCCCUUUGCCCAGGAGAACCCGAGGCCGUACAAAAAAGUCUGACGAGGUGCUGUCCCAAGAUUCCGAAGGAGGUGAGUCUGGACCAAGCUUUACUCCCAGGAGAAACACUCGCUCCCAGGCGCGUUUGAAACCGCACCAGUCCGUCGGCGUGGCGGACUCCGAUGUCGAUUCCGAGACCCCUGACGGGUACAGCUCCCUCGGGAGUCCGUGCUCUACGAGAGAGAGGAGCACGCCGUGCAGCAGCCGCACGGGAUCGGCAAGCAGUAACCGCGCGUUCCCGUCGGCCGCCAAAACGACCGAAACCUCGGAUGACAAGGCAGAGACCAGAUCAGUGCCUUCAGCCGCCUCCGCCAAGCCUGGCGUGGAAGAAAUCAAAGAAGGAGACCUUGAGGAGGAGCUUGCUGAGACACAUGCUGAAGAUGUGGACAUGGAGGAGGCUGAUGUUACUGUCGUAAGCAGCAGUGGAGAUCAGGACUGCACUUUGGGUGAGGAGAAUGUAACUCUGAGGCUUGAUGAUGACGAUGAUGAUGUGAGUGUUGAAAUCACAGAGGCAAACAUGUCUGGACCUGAAAUCGGUCAAGACCAGGUAACUCCACCCGAGGAUGAAACCACAUCUAAGAGUGUAGAUUCAGAAUUAGUGGACGAAGUCGGUACCAUAACAGAUGAUCAGAAAUGUUCUGAGCAAGCUGUAACAGAGAUGUUGGCGGAGAAAGGCGUGAGGGUAAUUGAAGAAUCUAAUGAAAAUACUAAAGAUUUGUGUAGCGAAACUGUAAUAGUCACUGAGGGUGAGUCUGAGGACUCUACUGUUGUCAGAGAAGACAAGCAGGAUGCCAUGGAGGUUGACCCACACGUGGACGUAACCACAGCGGACGCGACCACGGCGGACAACAGCAGCCAAGAACGUGAUGCUGUUUCCGAGGAGGUGGCAGCGUCACGGUCUCCGGCGACAGAAGACACAAAUGUAUCAUCCAGCACGAGCGUGCAGGUUACGGUCUCUGCUGAGGAAACCCUGAGGCCUACAGAAGGGACUGUCUCACAAAAACCAGCUCAGGUCAGUUUGCUGGAUAGUAGUGAUGAUGAGGAAGAAAGCGACGGUGGUCUUUCAGCAGAGGAGGGGGUUGAGGAGCGGGAGCCUGAGGAUUCUGGGAGUGAUAAUGAAGCUGAACCAGGUCCAUCAGGGAAGACCCAGACGGUAGAGUGUGACAGGCUCUUUGCUAUUGACACAAGGCCCGGGUUUCAGCCCGCUGAAGUAUACUAUGUGGACGGGAAACAGACAGAGGAGGAAGAGGAGGAGGAGGCUGAUAAGGACGAAGCUGCAGAGGUCGUGAAGGCAGAUGAUGAUGGGGAGGAGGAAUUCGUCGAUGAAGAAGGUGAUGACGAUGAUGACGAAGAUACUAAAGUCCUUCUCUCCACCAGACGUCCGGCCCAGAUAGCGUUGUCCAGCAGCAUCGAUCCCGGACUCAAAGUGAAGGAGCUUGGAGGAUUAUACAUCAAUUUUGAUGGCAGCAAAUCAAAGACUGUCUCCAACACUCUGAAAAAGCUGAAAGACCAGAAGAACCAAGAUGAGUUACUGAAACGUAGCAUCAUUAGCCCAGAUUUUGAGAAGAAAGAUGCUGUUCCCCCAUACAAGGAAUCAAAGCAUGCUGCCAAACUGAAACGCAAGGAGGAGAGAGAAAAGACAACGGGAGACGGCUGGUUCAACAUGAAAGCUCCCGAGCUAACUGAAGAACUGAAGAACGAUCUAAAAGUUCUCCAGAUGCGAUCGGCUGUGGACCCUAAACGUUUUUACAGAAAGAACGACCGCAAGGGACCUCCCAAGUACUUCCAGGUCGGCACAGUGGUCGACACACCAUUAGACUUUUAUCAUUCACGAGUGCCAAAGAAAGAGAGGAAAAGAACAAUCGUGGAAGAGCUGCUGGCAGACGCAGAGUUUAGAAGUUACAACAAAAGGAAAUACCAGGAAAUCAUGAGUGAGAGAGCAGCAGUUGCAGCUGGUCACAGGAAGCGAAAACCAAAUAAAUUCCAUAAAAAGAAGAAAUAAAAACAUAAAUUGUCCUGCAGCCAACCAGUGAAGAUUCCAGAAAACUCACAAGAGGGUAUAUCCAGUGAAAAACAAAAACAAAAAAACAAAAAGAUCAGUCUGUCAAAACACAUUUGCCUGUGCAAAUAAAUCAUUUUCAAUAAAUCAA